AUAAAAAUUAAUCUGGCAACGCUUUCUCUAGUACACACGUGCGUAAGGUGAAGAUGGCGACUGCUUCGAAAUCAUCUAAACGUCGCCUCGAAAUUGUUGAAAACAAUGAAAAUUCCGCUGAAGUGGACGACAUAAUUGAGGCACAGGUUUCCGACAAUGCCGAUGACAGCACCGACGAGGAAUCUAGUGAAUACUCCGGUUUAGAAGAUGACGAGGAAGAUGAUAGUGAUGACGAAGAAGAUAAUUCUGAUUGGGAAGAAGGUAGUGAUGAGGAUGAAGAAGAGGGAGAUGAAGUACACAAUAUGAGUACCAACGAGGACAGUGAGGAUGACACAGCGGAGGAUAAAGUGGUACCCACCGCUGUACCCAUCACACAAGAUGGACCCUCCACGUCUACUGCCCAACUGCCAGCUCCUCCUGUAGAGGAUGAAUAUGCAUAUGAUUCUUCUGAUGAGGAAGAUUUGAGAAACACUGUGGGAAACAUUCCAAUGAACUGGUAUAAUGACUAUCCUCACAUUGGUUAUGAUUUGGAAGGAAAAGCAAUUCUCAAACCCAAACGAGGAGAUGAAAUUGACAAUUUCUUGAGGAAAAUGGAGAAUCCAGAGUCAUGGCGAACAGUUUAUGAUCCACAGACAGGCCAGGAUGUUAUCUUGAGUAACGAGGAUGUGGAUCUCAUAAAAAAUGUCAUGGGUAGUAGAAUACCUGAUGGAAGCUAUAACCCUUAUGAACCAUGGGUUGAUUGGUUCACCAACGAAGUCAUGGAAACACCUGUUACUGGUAGACCUGAACAUAAAAGAUCUUUUAUUCCCUCAAGAGUUGAAGCUAUUAAAGUCGGUCGAAUGGUGCACGCUAUCAAGAUGGGUUGGAUGAAACCUCGUGUGGCUAAAGACACAUCCGUCGAACGGCACAAGUAUUAUUUGCUUUGGAAUGCCGAUGACAAGUCGGAGGAUGUUCGUCGUAUUGAAAAUCCUAUCCCUGCUCCGAAACCUCGACUUCCGGGGCAUGCCGAGUCCUACAAUCCCCCUCCAGAGUACGCCUUUUCUGAAAGGGAAAUCAAUCAAUGGAAUCGCUUAGCCGAAACUCCGUACCAGCGCAAGUUCCCAUUUAUUCCCCAACGGUUUAGCUCGCUGAGAGCAGUGCCAGCUUAUGACAGAUUCGCUCGCGAGCGAUUCGUUCGUUGCUUGGAUCUUUAUUUGUGCCCUCGUGCCAAGAAGAUGCGUUUGACAAUCCAACCGGAAGAUCUUGUACCGCAAUUGCCUAAGCCAAGGGAUCUCCAACCGUUCCCAACGGUCUGCUCUAUGAUUUUCAAGGGCCACAAAGGACUUGUUCGUACUAUUAGUCACGAUCCUUCAGGCCAGUUCUUUAUUUCUGGUUCCGAUGAUCAAACACUUAAGGUAUGGGAGAUUGCAACUGGACGCUGUUUCAAGACUUUUGAAGUUAAAGGAACUGUCCGUUGCGUUUCUUGGUGCCCGAACUCGUCUAUUGCUCUGGUGGCUGCUGCGGUUGAUAAUAACGUCUAUUUAAUCAACCCUGGUGUAGGAGAUCGACUUGUCCAAGCCAAGACAGAUGAGAUUCUCAAGGAAAUGCCUGCGCAAACAGAUUAUCUUAUUCCUCAACGAGUUCGUGCUGUUUUGACUUGGAACGAGCCUGAUAAGGCUCAAUGGGAUAGUGGAUUCCGUGUUACUCUUACUCACUUCAAGGCAGUGAAACACGUAGCCUGGCAUUCAAAGGGCGACUACUUCUCAUCUGUCAUGCCGGAAGGUGACAAUCGAUCCGUGCUGAUCCAUCAACUUUCUCGACGCAGAUCACAGUUGCCUUUUAGCAAAUCCAAGGGACUUGUGCAGUGCACUCUGUUCCAUCCCCUUAGACCUUAUCUAUUUGUUGCGACACAACGUCACGUUCGAGUAUACAAUCUUUUGAAACAAGAACUUACCAAAAAAUUAAUGACAGGAGCCAAAUGGAUUUCUUCGAUUGCAGUUCAUCCAGGUGGAGACAACAUCCUCGUAGGAACUCACGAUCGUCGUCUUUGCUGGUUCGACUUGGAUUUAUCAACUAAACCUUAUCAAGCUCUGCGUCACCAUGGGCAAGGUAUUCGUGCAGUGGCCUAUCAUAAACGAUACCCUCUCUUCGCUUCUGGAUCGGACGAUUGCUCUGCCAUUGUUUCACAUGGAAUGGUCUACAACGAUUUGUUGAAGAACCCAACAAUUGUCCCGUUGAAGAAACUGCGUGGGCAUGCCAAAUUUGAUGAUUUCGGUGUUUUUGAUGUUCUCUUCCACCCUACACAACCAUGGUUGUUUACCAGUGGAGCAGAUGCUACGAUUCGAUUGUACACGUAACGCACUGAACUCUAAGUGGCACACGAUUAUUACACAACUGAAACAUG